UUUUUGGCACCACCGGUCUACCGUACUUAGACAAUCGCUGGUAGCAAACCAACGGACUCAGUCGACAGUCCUCUCGCAAACAGGUGAAAGUACUCGUUAGCAACUUUUCUUUUAGUAUCAUUUUCGCAAUGGCAUCGUCUGCAAUGAUCACCGUCCCCACCACAGCUUCCCGCUUCGCCCUUCUUCAGAUAGACUCGGAUUCAGACUCCGACAACUCUGAACCGGGAAAGACCACCACCAAAAGCGGACGGGACUCCUCCGGGAAGCCCCGACAAGGCAAGGCAGGAGCAGCCGGGGGGAAAGCGGCUCAGGGCAAUGACAAGAAGAAAGACAAGAAAAAGAAGAAGAAAGAGCAGCAACAGAGCGAGGCAAAUGAGUUACGUAAUCUAGCCUUCAGGAAGAUUCCCCAGAAGUCGUGUGCCCCACCACCCUGUAUGGCACUGUCAGAUAUAGCCAGUGAACUUCUCAGCCCUGCAUCAGAGGACCACAGUAUACCAUCAGAGGGAUGGCAGCAGUGGAAACAGAGGGAUGAACAGAUAACCACUGAAUUAUAUGAGGCAGACCUGGAAAAGGCCUUGAUUCUAAGUAAGCUGGAGUAUGAACAGCAUAAACAGCAGAACCACACAAACACAUCCUCACCAAAGUCACGAGGAGGAAAAGAGAGUGGUGGGAAGAAGGACAGAAAGAAGAAUCAGCAGGCAAAAGACAAAAAGACAGUUUCACUGCAGGAUUUCCAGGCUGAAGGCAGUGUAGAACAUUUAAGUAGAAAACAAGAUAAAGAGGACACCAGAGCAGCUAACCCAGCACUAGGAAUCGGGCAGGAGGAGCGUUUUUUUAAUAAGCUGGAAGAUGAUGUCAGUCGGAUUAUCCAACAGGAAAAACGACGUGAGCAGUACAGCAACAGCCAGGGACAAGAAGUUAACACAUCCACAGAACAUGAACCGGACCCCCGAGCAGAGCAGCUGAAGUAUGAACUGGAGAAGAAAGACCAGGAGAUUGAUCAGCUAAAGAAGACCAUCUCUCAGUGGGAGAUGAAAUACAGAGAGGUAAAAGCAAGAAAUUCCCAGCUGCUUAAGAUGCUUCAACAGGGAGAAAUGAAAGAUAAAGCAGAAAUCCUUCUACAGGUAGAAGAGCUACUGCAUAUCAAAGAAGAACUGUCAUCACAGGUAACAUUAUUACAUGCUGCUCUUGAACAAGAAAGAUCUAAAGUCAAAGGUCUGCAGUCAGAACAGCCAAAACAUCAGGGAAACAAGAAAGGAAAGAAAAGCUCGGAGAUGGAACUAUGAAUUUUCCAAAAGUACCUGAAUACUGAAAUGAAAUAAAUAAAUGAACAAAAGAAGUAAUACACUACUGAUCAUAAUCAUGGAUCUCUUUCCUUACUAUUACAAUUUAGU